UUAUUCAUUAUAUCAUAAUAAUGCCAUUGUAAUGGCAUUAUGGCAAUUCAUGGCAAAUUUAAUCUAAAAGUAGUCAAAAAUUACACUGCCUACUUGGAACAACUUCAUUAGAAUUUGAAAGCUCCUAUUCAUAGCCUGGCACUACCUAUAUGUCUGUUCAUUCAAAAGGAUCCCUAUAUCCUUUUGAAAAUUGAGUGAGGUGUAGAGUUGACUGAACACAUGUCUUACUACUAUUACUAUCACUGUAAAUCAGCAAUAAAAUCUAAAGUCAUGGUAAAUUAUCAAAUGUCACAUUAUUUUCAAUCCUUAGAUUUAGCUUAUUCCAUCUAUAAUUUUUUUAAUCAGCUUCCUCUUUUUGUUUUAGUCAACUCUGGCCAAAUUCCCUCCCGCAUUCAGAUAAAGCUGCCAUGGUCAAAGGCUGACAAGCAUGCCAAAGGGGUUAAUCUGUCGCUAUGGGCCAAUCCCCUAAACCCUAAGUUGUGCCCUGUUAUGGCACUCAUUUCGUGGCUGCUGUUUUCUGGAAUCACGAAGGGUUACAUCUUCCCUCGCAUUGCCAAAGACAACCGACGUGCACUUCCAUCAAAGCGAAGUGUGGCCUCAUAUCGUACUAUUUUUUCCAAGAUGACCAAGGCCCUAUUUGAGAAGCCAUACACCACACAUAGCAUUAGAAGGUCAGCAGCACGCUGGGCAGCCAGAUGUGGUGCUGAUGAUAGCACAAUCAAAAGGGCUGGUCGCUGGAAGUCGAGCAGCUUUGAACUUUACACCCAAGACGCAAGAGUAGAAAUGAUUACUGAACUUCAUGACGACAAUCCAAGCCAGGACCAUCUGCUGUGGAUGUUCAAGCCCCUCAGAUGAAGCACCUCCCACUACAUGCCAUCCAGACAAUUAUUUCUGCCCUUGCACCUUGGCAGCCUACUGUCAAAUCAUAGCCAUCAUCAAAUGCUAUCCUACAUGGAAGGACAACCAUUCAAACCAUGGAAGGAAAACCAUACAAACCACCCUCCAUCAAAGUCAUGAUCAAUGGGACCAUGCAUGGAAGGAAAACCAUUCAAACCAAUGGAGGACAACCAUUCAAACCAUGGAAGGAAAACCAUACAAACCACCAUAACAUGUAAAUUUUCAUCUUUUCUUUUAGGAAGUCGAGCAGCUUUGAACUUUACACCCAAGACGCAAGAGCAGAAAUGGUCAUGGUCAAUGGGACCAUGCAUGGAAGGAAAACCAUGUAAACCCCUGAGGGGCAGUGGCUACACAUCCAUGGGGUGUAGAAUGGAGAUGUCAGGCGUUUCCUCCCUCCACUACCCUAGGUGUUCACCUUGGGCAAGUGAUAUCCCACCUCUAGCCUCCCAUUGCCCUAGGUUACAAGAUAGCGUCAGAUAAAAACUUGGCGACAAUGAGCCCUUGGCAAGGGUGAUACCCCGAUCUAUUGAUCGUUAAUACCGCAUUGAAUUAUGCGGGGGGACCAAGAAGCCCUUAUCUAUACAAGAGCAAGUAAAAAAUAAAAGAACAAUACUUUCAUUUGAA